GUUCUCAUGCGUCGCCUUCCACACCACUCAAUUUCCCUGCUCCGAACGACUCUGACCCAAAUGAAAUGAACGAAAAAUGCAUCAGCUUCUUUAAUGGAUUUUCCAUCCACCAGAGCUUCACGUCCGUCAUCUACUUCUUCCCUGUGAUAACAUAGAAAGAAAAGCUCCGAUCUUGUCUUCCUUCUGCAAUGGUCUCUCGGAAGUUUGUCACUGCAGAAAGACCAAAGCUUUGAGCUUCAGGGAGUGUGUGGUCUGGUGGGCACUUCUCUUUCUUUAUCUUCUUGCUAAUCGGAUCAGACGAUGAACACCGCCGCACCUUCUUCUUCCUCGUCCUCCUGCAUCCCGGCCGCAUCCCGCAACCCCAACCUCAAUCUCUUGCUUAGCAGGUCACUGCUGCCCCGCGCUGUCUGCAGUUUCCCCUCCCACAAGAAUGGCAGCCGAUGCACGGGCCUCCAGUUGGAAGCUUCUUCUUCUUCUUCGGGCAGUUUUCAGGGUCUUCCGAGGAACUGCGUUGUGGGCAGAUAUGCUGCUGAACCAUUGGGAGCUGUGGCCACCUCAGAUGCUCCCGGAGCCACCUCCCCCUCGGUGGUCGGCGAAGACAAGAUUGGAGUGCUGUUGCUGAACCUCGGAGGCCCCGAAACUCUCGACGAUGUCCAGCCUUUCCUCUUCAAUCUUUUCGCUGAUCCCGACAUCAUUAGACUGCCGCGGUUGUUUCGAUUCCUUCAGAAGCCUUUGGCGCAGUUCAUUUCUGUUCUUAGGGCCCCCAAGAGUAAAGAAGGCUAUGCAUCCAUCGGUGGCGGAUCCCCUCUUCGUCAGAUAACCGAUGCACAGGCUGAAGAGCUGAGGAAGUCUCUUUGGGCAAAGGACGUUCCCGCCAAGGUAUAUGUAGGCAUGCGGUAUUGGCACCCAUUCACCGAAGAGGCCAUUGAGCAGAUAAAAAGAGAUGGAAUAACAAAGCUUGUUGUGCUUCCACUUUAUCCACAAUUUUCAAUAUCAACUAGUGGUUCGAGCCUUCGGCUCUUGGAGAGUAUAUUUAGGGAAGAUGAAUAUCUAGUAAACAUGCAGCACACAAUUAUACCUUCCUGGUACCAGCGGGAGGGAUAUAUCAAGGCCAUGGCAAAUCUAAUUGAACAGGAGUUGAAAACUUUUGACAAUCCUGAGAAGGUGGUGAUAUUCUUCAGCGCUCAUGGAGUGCCACUUGCAUAUGUGGAAGAGGCUGGUGAUCCAUACAAGGCAGAAAUGGAAGAAUGUGUGGAUCUGAUAAUGGAAGAGCUGGAAAAAAGGAAAUUCAUCAACGCCUACACUCUUGCUUAUCAGAGCAGAGUUGGACCAGUGGAAUGGUUAAAACCAUACACAGAUGAGACAAUUAUCGAUCUCGGGCGGAAAGGAGUCAAAAGCCUGUUAGCUGUCCCAAUUAGUUUUGUCAGCGAGCACAUAGAAACCCUUGAGGAAAUCGAUGUAGAGUACAAAGAGUUGGCUUUGAGCUCGGGCAUAGAGAAGUGGGGCCGUGUUCCUGCUCUAGGAUGCGAACCCACCUUUAUUUCGGACUUAGCAGAUGCUGUAAUUGAAAGUCUCCCCUAUGUUGGUGCCAUGGCAGUUUCGAACCUUGAAGCUCGGCAGUCAUUGGUUCCACUCGGUAGUGUGGAGGAGUUGUUGGCGGCAUAUGAUUCACAGCGAAGGGAGCUCCCACCGCCUGUGACGGUUUGGGAAUGGGGAUGGACAAAGAGUGCGGAAACAUGGAAUGGGAGGGCAGCUAUGUUAGCAGUGCUCGUAUUAUUGGUCCUCGAAGUCACCACAGGAGAGGGCUUCUUGCAUCAAUGGGGAGUGUUGCCUUUGUUCCGUUGAUGGCGGUGGAUCAAAUCAAGGUGCUCAUUCAUUGUAGAUUAUACUUAGAGGAACACUCGUGCAUUACAAAUGGCCAUCAAUGCCAAGGAAGGUACGUCCCCGCUCGCUCUAAAGCUGGGAUUCGAGUAAUAAUACACAGGCUAUACAAUUUUUUCUUCAGGUCAGAAGAUGUCGCUAAUCUUGUUAUGGGAAGUUUUGUUGUACUUUUUAAUCUGUAAAGUUGUCGUUUUCACUGCACUAACAAUCCAUAAUAAUCUUUACAACAAUAUGCACUUCAUGUGUAUUGCAGACAAGACGAAUGUAAGUCAUGGCAUUGUAUGAGAGUUUGGACCCGUAGUCUCAGUCAUUUAACUUGGUUCUUUUAUGUGUAUUUUACUGUAUGCACACUUUGACA